UAUCCCCAGGGCUGUUAUAUUUGUUAUGUAGCGAGUACCAGCAAGGCUGCUCCUCCUGAUCUGCAGGCAGCGGCAGAGAAGAGGCGACGUCAAAAGUUUUUGUGCUGUCGGGAGGAAGGACACGAGACCAGCAAUGCAGCGGCCCUAACUCCUGCUUUCCAAGCAGCAAACAGGCCUGCAGAGACUGUUGCAAAAGAGUAUGGUGUCUGUGAGAACUUACGGAAACUGGAGAUCACUGGAGUGUCUUGUCGAGAUGUCUAUGCCAAACGUAUAAAUCCACGAGUGAAGUCAGGGCGUUUUAUGAAAAUCCUUCCCGACUACGAACACAUGGAGUACAGAGAUGUUUACACCUGCCUGCUUCACCGAUACCGACACAUCUUGGGACUGUGGCAGCCAGACAUUGGGCCAUACGGGGGACUGCUGAACGUGGUGGUAGAUGGCUUGUUUAUCAUUGGCUGGAUGUACUUGCCCCCUCAUGAUCCUCAUGUGGAUGACCCAAUGAGGUUCAAGCCCCUUUUCCGGGUUCACUUAAUGGAGAGGAAAAGUGCGACUGUUGAAUGUAUGUACGGCCACAAGGGGCCCCACAAUGGCCAUAUCCAGAUCGUAAAGAAGGACGAAUUCUCCACAAAAUGCAACCAGACAGAUCACCAUCGAAUGUCAGGAGGAAGGCAGGAGGAAUUCCGGACGUGGCUGAGGGAAGAAUGGGGCCGGACUCUGGAGGAUAUCUUCCAUGAGCACAUGCAGGAGCUCAUCUUGAUGAAGUUCAUCUACACCAGCCAAUAUGACAACUGCUUGACAUACCGACGCAUCUACCUCCCUCCUAGCAACGCUGAUGACCUCUUAAAGCCAGGUCUUUUCAAGGGAACUUACGGGAGCCACGGCCUGGAGAUUGUCAUGCUGAGUUUCCAUGGGAAGAAAGCCAAAGGGACUAAAAUAACUGGAGAUCCCAAUAUCCCAGCUGGCCAGCAGACAGUGGAGAUCGACCUGGCGCACCCCAUCCAACUCCCUGACAUCGAGAACCUGCACAACUUCAAUGAGCUCUCCCGCAUUGUCUUGGAGGUGCAGGAGCAGGUGCGCCGGGAGCAGCAGGAGGAGGAGGAAGGGCAGGACGAAGAGGAGGGCCGCUCCCAACAGGGCGACUCGCAGCAAGUGGAGCAGCCUGCGCAGAGGGACGAUGCUGGGGCUGAGGGGACUGAGGCUGCAGGGGCAGCAGCAGCCCAGGAGUCAGCGCUCACCUCGCAGCCUUUUGUGCUGCCCGUGGGAGUCAUAUCAAGGAACGAGGAUUAUCCCCGGACCUGCCGGAUGUGUUUUUAUGGCACGGGGCUCAUUGCCGGACACGGCUUCACCAGCCCUGAGCGAACACCGGGCAUCUUCAUUCUCUUCGAUGACGAUCGUUUCGGGUUCAUCUGGCUGGAGCUGAAAUCCUUCAGUCUCUACAGCCGGAUCAAGGUCUCUUUCCAGAAUGCUGAGGCGCCAUCUCGAGAGGCCUUUGAUGAAAUGCUCAAAAACAUUCAGUCGAUGACGACUUGACAGGCGGCCCCUGGUGGACAGAGCGGGGAUUGCGAAGAAGGCUUCUGCUCUCUCCUGCCAAGGACAGAACCCCUGCCUGUGGUACCUCUGAACAAAAGCAUGCACUUUUCAAUAAGGCCUUUUUGCCAAAAUCUACACAUCCCUGUUAGAAUAUGAACAGAAUCCCCACACUGCUCUCUGGCAGUACUUUCUAUAUAGUCUGCGACACCAGUCUGCAUAGUGGGAGGGAACCUACACAGGAGGGAAAUGAGCAUGCUCGCAUUUUUAAAAGAAUGUAUCAGAGCAAAAUUCCUUAGAGGCCAACAUUGAGGAACAUGUAAAUAAUCUAUAUAGGAGAUAUAAUAUAUACGUGCUCUCUGCUCUAGCCAUUGGCAGAUCCCUGCAGAAGGCAAACCCUUCAGUGAAGUGUCAUGUUCAAUCUUUCCUGCAACCGGCCCAACCUAAUAAUUUGAAGACUUGAUCACCCCCAAAAACCCAACACCCACACCUGCCAAUUUACUGCGUGGCUCAAAAGUGACUAAUUGUGUUUUGCUCCCCUCCAAGGCCCUUCCUCAUAAUGCAGCCUUGAUGGAAAAACAGACCCGAGGUAGCUCUGCCCUUGGUUUGGAAAUCAAAGUGGGAUUCAACAGUAAGAGAGGGGAUUUCCACUGCAAACAGCUCCACUGGUACCCUCAUGCAGUCUCCCAAAGCUCACUGCCCCCAUGACCCUCUUGGACUCUAGUCCGAAUCUGACUAGAAGCCAAGGGGGAAUCAUAUCUACCUUUAUAGGGACCCAGUAUGGAACUCCAGACAAAACCAGUUCAGACUGGAGGAGAAACAUCUGCAGUUUUAGCUCAUUUUAAAUGGAUCUUUUAGAAGACUUUUUUAAAGUUCUCGUUUUAAAGAACUAAAAAUCCUUUAAAUAUGGUGAACUUCUGACCUUCACACUUGCUGGAUGACAGCCGCUGUGAAAUGUAAUUUCUGACUAGACCAGUGCCUGUGAUGUGGUAUUUCCCUCUGUGCAGCGUAAAGGAAGCUGUUGUUCAUUCUGAUGCCUCUCAGUGGCUUUUCUGACACUUCCCAGGGAACGUUUUGUUUAUUUUUCAAUGGCCUCUGUAGACAUCUGUCUCUGAUGGCUUCCCCAUCCCUGUACUGCAGGGUUCUUGUAUUCGUUCCCCUACCUAAUACGGAUUUCUCUUCUAGUGACACCAUCUCAGAAAGCUUUUGCUCUUAAUUUCCCUUAGCUACUCUUAACAUAGCUAUCUGAGCGCUACUGGAAGGUGCAGGUAGGUGGGAAGAAGUCCAGAAUUCCAACCAUCAUCUAUCUGGCAUAGUUCUGCUUCAAAAGCAAAGGAGCUGCUUGCCUCAGAAACCCGGUAGGUGACUGUAGGUCAGGCAGUAGGUAACUGUGCAGCAGAAGGAUUAUGGCUCUGUCUCUUAUCCACCUCAUCACAAGUUUUCCAGAUACUUUUGUUCUCGUUAGUCUUGAGUAGGAAGAGAUGCAGGAAUCCCCAACUGAAUGAAGAAGAAGGAGUCAAGGUGUAACGUAUCAAGGGAACUGCCUUUCUUUUCCAGUUUCCUCCAUCUCUUUGACCUGAGUCUGGGAUCAGAGGCUGGGAGAAUCGCAACCGUGAGGCAGCUGAUGGAUAACUCUGUGCCUUUCUAACAUCUCUCCUGCUAUUUAUCACUUGUCAGCUAUUAUAGAAGCAAUUUCCCAACAGCUUCUUUUGGGGGCAGAUUGUGGGGGUUGAGGGGUGGGCGUGUAAGGAAAGGCUUGACUCCAAGUGAAAUCUGCAUCCUUUGUCCCAAUCCCUUUUGGAGAAGAGGAAGACUGUUAAAGAUUGCGUCUUUCAACCCCCAUCAGGGCACCUCCAUUGGUGGGACGACUCCCUGUCUCGCAGAUUCUCCCUCUUUCCACCUUUGACAGUGGAGUGGGAUGAUUUUGUGCUGCUUUCGAGGGGAAGACUCACUUCUUGGCUGAUUUCACUGAUAACAGGAAACUUAUUCCUUCCUGUUGCAGUUUUGUUGCUGCUGCUCCUACUUCAGCCUUCAUGUCAUUCCCUUCCUGAGCUGCAUGUGAACAGUGUCUCUCAGAGCAGCAGGUUGUGUCACUCACAGGACUAAUCCCUAUCAUAUCAAGUUGCAUGAAUCUGUAUGGAUCAGAAAGCAAUUCUGGGAACUUCUUCCCCUCCUACCCAAUCAUCCCUAGCAUGAACCAUACCAAGGUAUACAUCAGAGUGAGAGGGCCUCUGGAAUGUUAGUAGCAUUCAUUUUGAGCCUGUCUCGUUUGUAUAGCUUAUCCAAUGCAGAUCUUUACAUGUGGGUGAGGGGCUAUGCCUCUUUCUACCCCAGCAGGAGGGAGAAUUCGCUUUCUUCUCACACCAUUGCUAAGGCUGUGGAAUGCUGGCAGGGUGUUUAUUUCUCUGGUCACUGGUCCACGGGCACAGGCGAAAACCAGCUUCUCAACCUUAUCUCUUAAUUUCCUUUUUGCCAUUCACACCAGAUGCUCAGAGCUGCACUUGUGCAAAUGCACAGGCAAAAAGGAGCACUGGCUAUUGCAGGUGCAAUUGUGCAGGCUAAUUAGGUGUCCUGCGGGUGUGAGUUGCCUGGUAGGCAUUUGAGCAGCCAGUUGCAGGUCUAAUUUCUAAGGCAAAAAUGUGUCCAUAACUGCCCUAAUUUACAUAUGCAAAUCAAAAAUCUGGCCCUUAAAAUUUUGACAGACUCUCCUCAAUUGUUUCUACAGUAGCACUUAAAAAUGAACCUGCAUUUAAUACAAUAUGGACACUUGACUUGAGAGACUCAUGACUCCAGUGGUGGUGUUCCAUCAAUCAUGUAAAUACAAACAUAGACCCUUACAUUGACUGGGUAGCUGAUCUCAGAGUAGAACAAAUCUCUCAUGCAUUCUUACCCAGAUGGGGGAAUGUGUGAAGAUAACAUGUACACUAAGAUUUAUUAAAAUAAUGUUAUGGGUUAUGAUUGCCGUUUAGACUGCCCUGUAUUUCUGAGUCUGGCUGUGGAGUGGGGUGGUGGAGUAACCCUGCAUUUGUUACCUGUGGCCCUCAGACGACAUGCAGUGGAAGACGGGGGUGCUUUUCACAACUAUAGUUUCGAUGCUUAUGUUUGAGUCCUUUUCUUAGGUUGUCAGCACAUGUCCAGCAGUGUCUGAUCUCCAUACUGGUGCAAUGCCCCCACUUGGAGCGUGUCUCUCCAUAAUAUUUUAAUGGCAGCUUUCAAGUUCUUCCAUGGAUGCCCUUUGAACUUGAGAUGUGCUUGGCAGGAUGGCCAGCUCCUCACCCAGUGAGGCCUGUGCAGAGAUCUACAUAUACCACAGCUGCUUUUCAGAGACUUUCAGAAGCUCCUCUCAUUUAUAGGGUGCCUGACUAACUUCAGUGUCAGAACGUACCAGGCUGAACUGCUGGUACAUCGUGGUUUUUAUUCUCUUUCUGGAGAAUAGACAGUGACUGGAAUCUGGGCUAAUGCCAAAAAAAGGCCUUCAAGGUUGUGACGUUUCAGAAGCAAAUUCCUUUUGAUCUGGCCCUGUGUGAAUGGAAAGUUGGCAGAGGUCUGAAGCCAUGGAAACUGGUACUUCACCUCUAGGGAGCAGUGGCCUUCCAUGCUACAGUAUGUGUAGGGGCAUUUGGAUCAAGGUGUAUCCGUGUUUUGCAAGGGAAAGUAGAAUAAAGAAAAGCUGUUGUGAAGAGUUUGACCCAACAGCUUUCAGAGUCAGGCUGCAGAAGGGCAGAGUGAGAGAGAGGAGUGGCACUUAGUAGGUGUAAGCUAUAC